CUCCCGACCGUCACCCUCUCCGCAGUGCCCUUGCCCUCCCGCGACUCUUUGCUCACCCUCUCCUGCGACAUCGAGGGCUUCUAUCCGGAGGACGUCUCCGUGUCCUGGCUACAGAAUGGCACAGAGCUCCCCGCACCUCUGCUGAGCAAGGCGGGCCCGGACGGCACCUUCAGAACCAGGCGCUACUACACCCUGAGCCCCGAGCAGAGGGAGCUGGCCGGGGAGGUGGAGUGUGUCGUCCAUCAGCCCAGCGUCACUGAACCUGUGGUCACCUCCUUAGACCUGGCCGAGAUCGACCCCAUCAUAGGUAACAGAGAGUUGAGAGGGGAUAGGGAGGGAGAGAGAGAGAGAGAGGGGAGGGGAGGGGAAGGGAGGGACAGAGAGAGUUCACAAAUCCAACAAAUCCCAACAUUGGGUUUGAUAAAAUUCUUAGCUGGGUUUCCAACAUAACCCCCUCUUAGAAACAACAGAGGGUGAUAAGUAGCCCAGAGGUUAGAGAGAUAGCCCAGUAACCAAAAUGAUUACUUGAUGAAAAAGUGUGGACUGAAUUGGCCACUGGAGGGCUUCUGGUGUCAGAUCAGUACUACCAAUACUGUUGUGCCCUUGGUCAAGGCACUUAACCCCAAAACUAGCUCUCCAUUCAGGGGCGCUGCACACGGCUGACCCUGUGCCUUUCAACAUAUGUGUGUGUUUCUGAGGUUGGGGGGAAAAGGCAGAGAACGAAUUUAUGUCCUUACCAAAUUGACAAUAAAGUAUCUAUUCUAUUCAGCAUGGCCUCAAACAUAUUCUACCCUCCUCACUUGUGUGUCUCCUCUCCCAGAGACAGAAACUGUGCUGACCAAGUCUGCCAAGGCAUCUGUGGCUCUGAUGUGCAUCUCUCUGGUGCUGGUCUUUCUGCUCUGCUUUGGCUUCUCCUGGAGAAGGAGUGAU